GAAGCUAGCUGUUAUCACCAUAACCUAACACACUCAUUUCCUCUCCCCCCUUCUCUCACUCAGCUGAGGAAACUCAUUGAACCAGAGAAACCGAUAGUAAAGAGAAGAAAGUUUUCGAUAUUUUUUCUUAAUUUUAUCAGAAUCGAUCGGCGGAACUGAAGAUGGCCAGCGCAGUGGACGCAGCAGGAGAUCCGAUCCCAACAUCGGCAGUUCUGACGGCGGCGUCGAAGCACAUUCAGUUCCAGUGCCAAGCCGAGAACGUGGCUUUUCUCAAGUGCAAGAAGAAAGACCCGAACCCUGAGAAGUGUCUCGACAAGGGUCGCCAAGUCACUCGAUGCGUUCUUAGCCUGUUGAAAGAUCUUCAUCAGAGGUGCACGAAAGAGAUGGAUGCUUAUGUUGGAUGCAUGUAUUACAAUACCAAUGAAUUUGAAUUAUGUCGCAAAGAGCAAGACGAAUUCGAGAAAAAAUGCCCAUUGGCAUGAGGGCAUGCAUGCCCUUUUAUCCCACCAUGAUCACAAUAAGAUGGGCAGCUUGCAAUGAUCAGAUAUUGUUGCAUACAAUUUGAAUUCAUCUUGGCUUUAGAUCUGAGCUAUUUUCCUAUUUGUAUGCCCAAAUGCCUUUUGAAGCAUGUUUGAUUACUUCUAUUGCAGUUGGAGUUGUACCUUGCAUCCAUUGUAAAGGCAUAAUGGGCUUUCAUUAUGCAAAUUGCAGAAAUGGCUCUUUUUUUUGGUCCUGAACAUCUUUUGCUUGGAAAAACGUAACUUUAAGGUUGAGUCAUUCGACCAUAAAACCCCGAAGUAAUUGAGUCAUUUAGCUUGAUUCAAUUAGUAGUUCUG